UGAUGUUGGUCACUAGUGAUGGAGGAUUCUAUGUUUUCAGUAUCGAUAUGGAGAAUGGCGGUGAAGGUGUUUUAGUGAAGCAGUACUCGUUAGUCAUAUUACCACUUCGUCGUUGUGGGCUAACCUUGCGGCAGUGUCCUCGAGGGUGACGACAAACUCGACCAAUCAGCUAUUGACUACACAAAUUAAGCGAUUCGCCGAAUGCCCGCUUUAUAUUUGGUCCUCUUCGUCCUGGCGUUCUGAUGGAGUUCUUGGGACAAUCUCAUCUUAAUUAUUCGCGGGGUUUUCAAGCAUCGCCAGGAGGCGUUUUUCCCACGGUUGUUGGCUGAGCAUUUUGACGGCCAGCCACGGGUGACCCCUCGAGCAUAGCAAAUUAGUAAUGGAUACCCUUUGUCGAGACACGGGCUUAGAUUUUCCAAUUCGACAAUGUAAAUGUCACUUCCAGUCUGUCUGAGCCACGCUCGUUCUCCUGGUGCGGGAAAGAUUAUUGUAUUCUCGGGUUCUUGUUCGAGACUGCACCUAAAAACACUGACAAGGCAAGGUGGGACAAGGAAGGCAGAACAACAUGGAAAGAACAAACAUUCAGAUGUAGUUCCCGACGAAGUAAAUAAAAUGACUGGCAACGCAAAAGAAGGAGAUUCCAGAGACUGAGACUAGCUGUCUAGACCGGUGCACCUUGCAAAGAAGACCUAUCGGUAUAUUGUA